AAACAAAAGUUGGCUGCUUCUCGCUUCCUACUGAUUGGGUAACCUGUGGCCAGUCUUUCACUAGGCGCCAGCUUCCUCUCCUUCCCAAAUGCAACAUGGCUGUCAUUGCGAAGGUUUACCUGGUUUUGUACAAUGUUAUUCUUACCCUUGGGUAAGUAGGAUUUUAUAUCCUUUCAAGUUAUUAAAAUGGGUGAUCUUAUUUAUAUCUGCCACAUUACGAUAAGGGAUCUAUUUUGAGCAAAUCGAGAUGCAAGAGAAUGAUUCAGCGCGUGGUAAAGGUGUCGACUUUGCUCGCGUCGGACCGUGAUCAGCUGGCUCGUUAUAUAUUACAGUAGUAAACAGAAGUGAAGCUACGGCUUGCAACAAACAUGGUGCAAUGAAGUUGUGGUUUCUUUGGUUUUUAAGAGACAAAUGUUAAAUACAGUAAAUAGCAUGGAAUAAAAUGCUGUUGGGUUUUCAGUUAGUCGAGUUGCGAGACAUAACUUUGAUGAGCUCUCUCAGGUGUCAGAACGCGCAUCAAAAAUUUAGUCAGUUCUUCUCCGGCCGCUCUCAGCUGCGUUUUAAAUUUUUUUUGGUAUAAUUGUCUUCAGAAGUUUGUUUCAUCCUACUCCAUUUCAUGGAUAAGUUAUCAUGAAAACACGUGUGUUAUCAUGAAAGUGGAGGAAACCCUUAUGUUAGGAUGCAAAACCUUUUCUAUAGUGAACCUAGCCCUUUGAUAGGUACAACUCUUGUAAAAGAGUUAAGCUUAUCUCUUUUGCAGUCAUUUAAAAUAUAUAAGCAGUAAUUCCACUUAAAUAUUCUCUUGAUUUGUAAAUUUUAAUGUAGUGAGCUUUCGUUCGAGAAACAUUUUAUGCAAGAAAAAGAAAAUUGCUAUCGUGCAUGGUGGGCACAUUGACUGAUCAUAAUGUGAUCUACCCAGUGCCGAUCAUAUGAUAAAUAAGAUCUGAGCACUUUAUCAAAUUCCAGAGAUCAACUUUAUUAUUAUUAUUAAUAUUGUUUUUGCUUUUAAAUAGCAAUGGCUAUGCCUAAUUAAACAGAAAGGCAUUGUAACUUUCAUGAACAUCCAUGUACACUCUUUUCUUAUAACGGAAAUUAAAAUGUUUUAAAGCAAAUUUCCAUUUUUAAUUGAGUACAAAUAUCUAUCACAACUUAGAAGGUUUGCAUCUGUCCAUUAAUUUUUACCAAUAAAGCAAAAAUCGUGUUGGAAUACAAAUAACCUUAAAUAGCCUAAUCUGAAGCAGCAAACUGACAAAAUAUUAAUGAAGAGAAACCAUAUCAUUUCACUGUCCUUUUGCAAUUUUUUUUUCGCGGAUAACCUCAAAGAUAAAACAACCAACACCUUAACUUGUCAAGAGUGUGGUGUUCCUUUGUAUCAUGUAAAGGUGAAUCUCAUGCUAUCUUCUUAUUCAUUCAAUGGCUGCCUCACUCAUUAUCCUUCAAAGUAAAGAACCAAUUAGGAUUAACCUUCAUGUUAAGGUUGUAACACUACCAAGAGAGUAGGACAUUUGUCACUGUGCAGUGUACAAAUAUGCACGGAACUUGUAAUUUUCACAUUAAGGGCUUAUUGUCACAACAAGGUUUAAUGAAUUUCAUUAUUUUCUGUAGGUGGAGCAUUAUUUUAGUUCUCUCAGUGCAACACUUAGUAAAGAAGAAGUCUCACAUAGGGCUGUAUAGCUCAGUAGAGAAACCACUCCAGGUCUUUCAAUCAGCGGCCAUACUAGAGGUAUGUACUGUACACAAAGUUUUAAAUACCUGCUUAAAAUGUUGGUGAAUCUUAGUAUGACUGUGGGGUUAUUGGAUUAAUCAUCACAGCAAAGCGUUUCAAAGCAAUGUGCCUAACUCGUGUUUUUUCUUAUCUCCCAGGUAUUGCAUUGUGCAAUAGGUGAGUGAUAUCUCCAUACUAGUAGUGAUAUCAUUGCUAUCAUUAUAAUUUCUGUAUGUUAUUGAUGUUAUUGUUGCCUAGCCACAAUGCAAUAAAAAAUUGUCUUUAGUCUUUUAUGCAUGUACUUACAUAGAUACAUUACUAUAUUAUUUUGUCUCUGUGAGUGAACUUCUUACUAUGAAUAAGGAAACAUAACUAUAAUUAGGGUUGUUUCUCUUCUUGCUCGCUAGUCACUUCUUCCGAUUAACCCUAGGAAAAUUUCAUCCAAGCGUGCUUAAAAAUUAUAGAGACCACCCACACAGCCGGGGACAAUCCAUGGUUGCAGUUUGAAAACUUGUUGAUAUUUUCGGGAAGUAUUUAUCACUCACAACAACGAGGAUGCAAAAAAAAAAAAGAAAAAAAUAGCUGAUUUUAGAGAGAAACAGAAAACAGUUUUUCAAAAUCGCAAGGUGACUGGCCUUGGUUAAAAGAAAGUUAAGACGGCGCUUCUUGCAAACACCAGGGCAAAAUUCCUAUGACAAUGUCACAGCUUUUUUUCUUUAUUUUAUUUCCUUGAAAUACUGGGGGGGGGGGGGGGGGAGGUAUUUGGUGAAUAAAAAACAGUCUGAGCUAGUGCAAUCAAGUCACGGAACAUGACUCACCCUGAUGGAAAUUAAGUUCCCAACCCUGCAAAUGAAGUUGUGUUGUAUUAUCACCCCCCUCCCCGUCCCCCCCUCAUGUGCCCUCCAUUUGGCUUGGCCCGGCAUUUCAUACAUGCAUGUAUGUGUGGGUUGAUUAUUUUUUGUUCCCUAUACCAUUCUCCAGUGGUUUUCCUUAGGUUUCCUCCCUUUCCCAUGCUUGUGAAAAAACCCACCUCACUUAAAAAUCCCAAGUUGAUGUGGAGCACACAAACACUCAUAGGUCAAUUUAAUAUAGAGCUCCACAAUAGGGGGUUGGCAAUUGGAAGAAAUAUUACAUUCAUUUGAUGUUCAUUGGCAGGAUUAUUACAAAUGGUUGUUUUAAAUGGUCAAUAAUGUAAGCGUUUCCUGGUGAUUUCUCAAUGUAUGUUUUUCUGCAGGUCUGGUGCCAUCUUCAGUUGUUUUAACUGCAUUUCAAGUUGCCUCCAGACUCUUUCUUACUUGGGCCAUUGCUUAUAGCGUUCCACAGGUGAGUAGGCUGGUGCAGGUCAAGCAACCCAUCAUCAACUAAGUCCUAACCCACCAAAACCUCGAAAAUUAGAAGGGAGAUAUCCACAGCACACCUGGGCCCAAUCUGUGACUGAUGUGGUCUGUGUGAUUAAUGAGGUCAGACUGGGUAAGAAUUGUACAUGUUAUGUACAACCAUGCAAAAAAAAAAAAAACAAAACAAAAAACAAAAAAACAGCAACAACAACAUGACUGGAUUAGACAGAUAUUUAGAAAGUCGUUGUCCUAGUUAGUUAGUUUGGUCAAGCACUAGCUUGGACAACAUAGAUUCUCCCUUGUCAGUCACUUUGGUCUAGCAUUGCCAUUCUGAGUUAACCGAUAGUGACGAACACAGUGUCCUCAAGCAGAGUGUGUACUAUACGGUGGUCCUAGGUCUUCCACUCGUAGUUUGUCCGUGCUGUAGCUGCCACAACACAAGCUUCGAUGCCCUACUCCUGUCGGCUUUGUGUCUAACACUUGCUAGAAAGCUUUGGGAGGUGACCGUACAGAUCGUCAUUUGACAUGUGGUCCUUCCAAGAAACGUUUAGUGCUGUGCGAAGCAUCCGAGUGUAGGCACCAUCAUUUUUCCUCUGAUUAAUAUCAACGUCCUAUUUAGAACCCCAGGGGCUUACUCCGAAUUUCAAGUGACAGGGAUGAUCGAAUGAUUGUUUUGGGUUUUAAAUUUUCGAUUUCGGGAUAUUUUUUGGGUAGGAAAAUUUUGGCAAGUAUUUUUUGGGUAGCUUGAUGUAAGUAGGGAUUUUUGGGGGUAUUCAAAAGAAUCUGAAGAUUCGUGAUAGUUCCGCGAAUGAAGAAAACCAAACUUGUUUUAAUAUUAAACGCAGUACUUUGCAUCUUUUUUACACUGCACCAUAAAACCGAGUGUUGUUACAAUGAUCAAAAGAUGCGAAAAAGGUUCUUUCUCCAGAUGGUGUAAUCAAUAAACAAACACAAACAUUCCAUUACUAAUGUUUCUAUUUUUCGUGUCGUGUCAUUUAAUGCUUUCUCAAAAUUUUCAUGGCUCCUAAAUUCGGCAUGGGAUUUUCGGGGGUUAAAUUUUGGUCCAGAGAUUUUUUGGGGUUUUGUUUAAAGCCUUAGGGAUUUUUUUUGGUUUUGAUUUUUGCCCGCAUUCAUCAUCCCCGUCACUUAAAAUCCAGAGUACCCCCCUAGGUUCUACCUCAUCCGGACGAUCAUGCUCCCCCUAUUUUUUCUUGAGAUCGUUUAGAUCCACGGCUAUCUUGAUUUUGAAAUGUACCGAGGGGGCGGGCGUCUGGGAUUAUAGAUCGGGGGGGGGGGGUGCUCGAUCUCGAUGAUCUUACGGAAAAAUAGAGGACUGUGAAGAACAGUCUACACCUACUCACGAAAUAACUCCUGGGUUCAAACCUUUCAUACUUAACGUAUAAUUGUGUUUACUUUGUUUAGAUUCAAGACAGUCCUGGAGUUACUGCUUUUAUACUAGCAUGGUCCAUUACAGAAGUUAUUCGUUAUGCUUUCUAUGCAUUCUCUUUGCUCGGUAGUCUCCCUUAUUUUCUUCAAUGGUGCAGGUAGGUCAUGUUUUUACUGCUUGUAUUGUUUAGAAAACCAUCAAUGCUGGAGUUUGAACUAAAAUUCUCUCUGGGAUCAUGAAGCAUUUGGCAGGAAACAGUCGCGUGCAACAAGAUACUGCUGCAUUAGCCUCCUCCUCCUCAGGCGCGCAGGCGUGCGCGAAACGCGAGUCACACGCGAGUCACACGCGAGUGAUUGGUGACGAAGUGCAAGGGACCACGGAGAGUCAUAUGAGUACGAGGCAGCUGCUCCAUAAUUUACUCCACGAAAUAACAAACUUAGAUUAUGGCAUUGGUCGUGCGACACAAAUUUGCUUGUGAAGACAAAGUGGAAUAAGAGUAUGAACAUUCGCAAUCAACCACACAAGAUGAAUGAGAACUGCACUGCAGUAGUCACAAAAUAAAUAAAUAAACUUGUUUGUCCUUUCUGCUGUAUUUUGAAGUUUCCGUAAAAAAACAAACAAACAAACAAAAAUGCCGGUCUUCGCAGAUCACAUACAGUGGCCUUCUUUAGCGGGCAUUGCAUCUUAAUUCUACUUAUCAUGCACAUAAUUUUCGAUUGAGAGCACUUGUCAAUAUAUAAAGUCGUGAUGAAGAUGCUGAUCUAGUUGAGUUUUAGCUGUCUGAGAUUUCGAUUUUGAUAUCCUAUUUGUUUAUUCUAGAUAUACCUUCUUCUUUAUUCUAUAUCCCAUUGGUGUAACGGUGAGUAAAGUAAUACUGUAACUUAAUGUUUUAUGUUUGAGAACAUGAUAUGAAGCAGUCACGGAACGAUGAUUAUUAUACUCUCUUGGUGCGUUUUUACGGGAAAAUUCAUGUAUUUUGAUAACAGAUUUUGUGUUCUUUUACCAAGUUCGAAAAUGGAUUUGGUUGUGAAUCCAAAUGUAAAAACAUACUUGGUACCUAUUGUACAUUUAUGGACACAAACGAUGUCGUUUACACGUUUUACUUGUGCCCACCGAAACAGGUACAUGUAGAGAAGCGAGACUAUAGUACUGACACAGACGGACACAAAAUGUAGCAAUUAUAUUACCCUGGAUAAAGAGUAAAAAAUAAAUAAAUAAAUAAAUAAAUAAACAAAGAUAAAAAAAAAGUAACAACAAUAACAAAACUCUAAAUGCAGAUUAUCAAAAUGUCUGAAUGUCAAAAUGUAACAAAAAAGGGGAAGGUUAUUUAUACUUUGCUUAUUUUGUUGAUGUUCAGGGCGAGCUUGUGUCAAUAUAUUCUUCACUUCGUUACGUAUCCAAGUCUGGUUUGUACAGCGUGUCCAUGCCAAAUGCUGUUAAUUUCUCCUUCGAUUUUCAUCUCUUCCUCAUUAUGGUGAUGUUGUCUUACAUUCCAAGUAAGUUCCAGAUGUCCUUGUUGUCUGUGCAACGCCAAACCGGUUUUCCCUCGGAAACCAGUGGUGACGUCAUGUUUUCAAAUGACAUCUGACGAACGCGCACAUAAAUUUCAUACUUAUGACGUUUCACUUCGCAGAUAUGGGUUUAGUAGAGGUUCUCAAUGUGGUUGACCGUCAUCCGUCAAACGGAUUAAGACGGAAUUUAUUAGGAAAUUGAGUAAUUUUAAUUUUCAGGGGACAAAAACCUUGUACCAGAAUAAUUUAAAGCAUAUUGCAUUCUUUUUUUACAUUUUUGAACGGCUAUAGAUGUAAUUAGUUAUCUGUAAUAACACCAAAGGCAAUUUCGCACGGGAGUACGAGAACAUAACUGUUCUAUUGGUACUGGCUCGUCCCCUCGUCAGUGUGGAAUUUCUGCCCCCAGUCUUCAGACGUCAUUUCUCGGGGAAACCAGUGGUGACGUCGCUAAAUGUUAGCUGUUUUCUCGGGCUGCGGUGUCCUGGGUUUUAG